CAUUAGGAAAAUGAAGCGAAGAAGAAGAAACAGGCAACGUGACAGAAGUAACUCCUGCGAAAGACCCCACAGCAGACCAUUUUGCAACUUUACCUGAAUGGUCAUCAAAUAAACCGCACUCGGGUUUUUAAGGAAAAGAGCAGCCAAAAUGCUCGUCUUAUUUGAGACCGCUGCAGGAUAUGCAAUUUUUAAAGUUCUCGAUGAAUCCAAACUGCAACAAGUCGACAGUCUAUACAAGGAGUUUGAAACCCCCGAAAAAGCGAAUAAAAUUCUGAAACUGAAGCACUUUGAGAAGUUCCAAGACACGACAGAGGCCUUAGCAGCGGCCACCGCCCUGGUUGAGGGUAAGAUCGGCAAGAGCCUGAAGAAGGUGCUGAAGAAGGUGGUCGCCAAGGAAGCGCAUGAGCAGCUGGCCGUCAGCGAUGCAAAACUCGGUGGAGUCAUCAAAGACAAACUGGACCUGAGCUGCAUCCACAGCCCUGCUGUAGCCGAGCUGAUGAGGUGCAUCAGAAGUCAGAUGGAGGCCCUCAUCACGGGGCUGCCACAGAGAGAAAUAAGCGCCAUGUCCCUAGGUUUGGCUCACAGUUUGUCCCGCUACAAGCUGAAGUUCAGCCCAGACAAAGUGGACACCAUGAUUGUGCAGGCCAUAUCUCUGUUGGACGACCUGGACAAGGAGUUGAAUAAUUACAUCAUGCGCUGCAGAGAGUGGUACGGUUGGCACUUCCCGGAGCUGGGGAAGGUCGUCACCGACAAUUUGGCCUACUGCAAGACGGUCUGCCUGGUCGGCGACCGCACCAAUGUGUCCAGCAGCGAUCUCUCCGCCCUACUCCCCGAGGAGAUCGAGGCGGAGGUGAAACUGGCGGCCGAGAUCUCCAUGGGAACCGAAGUGUCAGAGCAGGACAUCAGCAACAUUCGUCACCUCUGCACCCAGGUGAUUGAGAUCACGGAGUACCGCACCCAGCUAUACGACUACCUGAAGAACCGGAUGAUGGCCAUCGCGCCCAACCUGACAGUAAUGGUGGGCGAGCUGGUCGGCGCUCGUCUCAUCUCGCAUGCUGGUUCGCUUUUAAAUCUGGCAAAGCACCCGGCCUCCACGGUUCAGAUUCUGGGGGCAGAGAAGGCACUCUUCCGAGCCCUGAAGACCCGCAAGGAUACACCAAAGUACGGUCUCAUCUACCACGCCUCUUUGGUCGGCCAGACGACUGCCAAGAACAAGGGCAAGAUCUCCAGAAUGUUGGCAGCCAAAACAUCCCUUGCUAUCCGCUACGAUGCCUUGGGGGAGGACACAAAUGCGGAAAUGGGAGCGGAGAACCGAGCUAAACUGGAGUCAAGAUUGCGACAGUUGGAGGAGAGAGGAAUCAGACGAAUCAGCGGAACAGGAAAAGCGAUGGCAAAGGCAGACAAAUACCAGCACAAAAGUGAAGUGAAGGUGUAUGAUCCAUCCGGGGAUUCUACAAUCCCUUCCACAUCAAGAAAGAGGACAUUUGAAGAGGUCAAGGAUGAGGAUGAGGAGUUGCUUUCGACACCUGCAGUGAAGGCCAAAAAGGCCAAAACGUCACCUGAAGCUGCAGCGGCAGAAGAGGAAACUGCGGAGCCGCCCAAGAAGAAGAAGAAAAAGAAGCAGAAGGAGGUGGCCGAGGAGCCAAAGGAGGAAGAAGAGCCUGUUGAGAUCCCAGAGUCAACAGAGAAAAAGAAAAAGAAGAAGAAGAAAGUCAAGGAGGAAGAAGACUGAAAAUGACACAUUGUGUUUUGUUUUGUUUUUUUUCCUAUCGCACACUUACGUUAUCUUGAAGAGGGCAAAGUUGUAUUUAGUGCCUCAUAGAAUAAUCUCAUGUAUCUGCAAAUCGAUAGUCUGCAGGUGACUGAAAAAAACACGAUUGAAGUUUUAAAUGACCCCUGAUUUCAUUUUUAUUUGAACAUCCGUAUACAUUUGUUUCAGUGCAGACUUUAAGAUGACAUAUCUGAAGACUGUAAAGACAUGGAAUAAAUGACUUUUGCAGAAA